GCAAACUCUGCAUCCAAUAUGGCAGGAAGACGAAUGUAACCUCCUUAAUUUUAAAAUCUUCAAUUGGUUCAUUUUUUUAAUAAUUUUAAUAUCAAUUAAUAUUGAACAAUGAGAGAUAACGAAUUUACUAAAAUUAUUGGAAUAAAUGUAAUUUUAGUUCCUUACAAGGAAAAACAUGUUAAAAGAUAUCAUGAAUGGAUGAAGUCAUCAGAAUUACAAUAUUUUACUGGUUCAGAAAGUUUAACAUUGGAAGAAGAAUUUCAAAUGCAAAAGCGAUGGCAUCAGGAUCAAGACAAAUGUACCUUUAUCAUUUUAGAAAAAGCUAUUUAUACUGAAAGUGGAAAUGAAAUAGAAGCUAUGAUUGGAGAUACAAAUUUAUUUUUUAAUGAAUUAGAUCAGCCAAACACUGCAGAAAUUGAAAUUAUGAUAGCAAAUAUUAAUUGUAGAGAAAAAAAAAGAGGUUGGGAGGCAAUAAUUCUAAUGAUGCUUUAUGGAAUUGACAAAUUAAAUGUAACAAAAUAUAUUGCAAAAAUUAAAUGUGACAAUAAAAAGAGUAUAAAAAUGUUUGAAAAAUUAAGAUUUCAGCAAAAAAGACCAUUACUCUUUAAUUCAGUAAUGUACGGUUCCUUUUAUACUGGUGCGGAAUUCGCGCAACAAACUUAUAACAAAAUGUUUAAGUUUUCGUUAUCAGCACCAACAAACAUAGAAGAAACAAAUACAUUUAAGAUUGAAAAACCGCUGUUUAUUUGGAUAAAAAAUUUUAAUCAAAAAUUGGGUUUAUUAGAUAAAAAUAACGCGAUGCAAUUGGAAAGUUACAAUUGGGCCCAACUAAAGCGAUAUGCUAUCUAUGGUUGUUUUAUUGCAGGACCACUACUACAUGGAUGGUACAAAUGGUUGGAUAUGUUCUAUAAAGGCAAAACUAUGAAAAUUGUCUUCACAAAACUUUUAGUCGAUCAAUUUGUUCUUACGCCACCAUUAAUUACAUUAUUUUUUAUCAGUAUGAGCUUGAUGGAGAGUAAAUUAAAUGUGUUCGAUGAAUGUAAAGCAAAAUUUUUUCAAACAUUUAAGACAUCAUGUAUGUACUGGUUACCAGUUCAAUUUUUUAAUUUUCUCUUAGUACCACCAGUAUUACGAGUUUCUUUUGUUAGUAUUGCAGCUUUCUGUUGGGUAAAUAUUCUUUGUUAUUUAAAAAGUAUUCCUGUAUCUAAAUGUAAUGAUAAUCAAAUAAAAUAUUGAUUUUUUAUA